UUUUAAAAGAUUUUUAAAUUAUUUUUUAUUAUUUUAUUUUUAUUAUUUUACACUACAAGUAAUUUUGGAAUCUCAGCCCAGUCUCAUCAAUCUCUAAAAUUAUUAAUUAUUUAAAUAAUUUAAAUAAUUUAAAUAAAAUUAAUAUUUUUUUAACAUUUUGGGGUGAAUGGAGUCUACGAAUGGCGUGGCUGGUUUGAGUAAUAAUUGUCCCCCGAGGGAGCCCUUGAGCGCCUCUAACAUCAAGAGAAAUGUCAACCUUCUCCUCAAAAGAUAUGAAACCAACCAAAACGACCGAAUCUCACACCCAGACAAUCCUCAAAAGUGGGUGAUGUCUGAGGUGGAUUUGGAUGAGCAGAUAAGGUUUUUUGGUGACUUGUCGACGAUGCCCUCGCUUUACCGCGAGUUUCUCCUACUGGACGGAUUCAGAAUACUCUCCAACAUGCUCACACAUGAUAACAUCGACAUUGGGAUGAGUUGUAUUAAUGUGUUGUCUGAGAUAUUGGACCCUGAGAUCAUCUUCUCUCUUGAGAACCCACACGACUUUACCACUAACCUGGAACUUCUUUCACUACACUCUCUCGUCGUUAACACACUUUUACUCAUUCAAGAAGUGGACGAGGUGGACUAUAAUGGUGUGAAGAGUAGUUUUGAGUUAUUGGAGAACUUGAUGGAGUUAUCUCCUACAGCGGUGAAUGACCUGGCUAAGGAUAAGAAAUUCCUGUCAUAUCUGUUAACUCGCAUGAAGAACAGGAAGACUAUGGCCUAUGAUACUAACAGAGUUUACGCCAGUGAGAUUCUCUGCAUACUUUUACAAGGCUCUGAAGACUGCGUUGCCAUCUUUGGCGCCAAGGAACCGUUGGACGGGAUUGACCAACUUCUCAGAAUCGUGUCAGUCUACAGAAAAAGAGAUCCCGAAUGCCUCGAAGAAGAGGAGUUGGUAGAAAAUGCAUUUCAAGCACUUUGCAGACUCAUGUUCAAUCCUGAGAACCAGUUGCGGUUUGGUAAGAUCCAGGGGAUUCAGUUGAUGAUAAGAUUAAUCCGUGAGGGCAGAAGAACUUAUAAAUCUGCACUAAAAUUACUCGAUUUCGCCCUCCUAGACUCACCUCAAAACUGCCAGUUAUUCGUUCAACUAUGUGGCUUGGGUUACGUAUUUGGCGUUUUUAUGAGAAAAGGAUUUACAACCACCGAAAACUCCGAACAAGAAAAACAAGAAGAUGAGAAUGUGAUUGGUAUAAUAAAUUCGUUGGUGAUGCAUUGUACUGGUCAGGAGUCUGAGCGAGUUUUGACCAAGUUUAGGGAAAACCGGCAUGAGAAACUGGAGCGUUUGGUCGAGUUACAUGACAAGUACACGCAAAAAUCCAAGCAGUCGUUGGAAAAGCUUGACCGCAUGAACCACACCGAGCUCAACGGGAACGGAGUUACCGGAGAUGAUAAUUACCUUGAGAAAUAUGACGCGGGACUGUCAAUAUGCCAACUCAUUGCAUGUCUGAUUAUUCGCGUUUAUAACAUGAAAUACGAAGUCGGACUCUGCCUACUACUACUCAUCAAAAACAAAGGCGUAGAUAUCCAAGACAUAUACAAUCAUCUCCUAGAUUAUUUGGAGCAUUUGAGUGAGGAAGGCCAGGAGUUGAAGAAGGAGGUUGAGGACUUGACGGUAAAGUUCCUAAGAGGCGCCAAAGAGUUUGAAAAGCUCAAGUAACUCAUAAAUUCCACGUGAAUUUUGUGGAAUCCGCCGUUUACACACUUGCCACGGAUGAAUUUACACUUGUAUAAUAAUUAGACAUAAUAACUACUCUUUAUACUUGAUAAAUAUGGUAUAAAUGGCUGAAAAUGC